CUCCACAUGGCGGGAACGGCGAGUGUAUGCAGUGAAGCGCUGUGGGGAAGUUUGGCCCUGGGUUGGAGGUGUGAUUCGGUUCGGUCAUGAGGAGAUUACCUGCAGCGAUGCGCCAAGGGAAGAGAGCCGCCGUGGAAACGACGGGAAGCACAAAACCCGCUCGGAAGAGGUCGAAGUCGGACGUUAAACAAGAAGAAACCAAAAUCACCACUUUGCCCUCCACAUACCACACCUUCCAUGAUGCGAAUGAGGUGGUGCACGUACGGUCUCAGCUCCUCGACUGGUAUGAUGAAGGAAAGAGGGAACUGCCAUGGAGGAGUGUGGCUAUGACAGAGCCAGAUAUCAACAUCAGGACAUACGCAGUUUGGGUCUCCGAAAUUAUGCUGCAGCAGACCCAAGUGGCCACUGUCAUUGACUAUUACAACAGAUGGAUGAAGAAAUGGCCCACUGUGCAGGAUCUUGCUGCAGCUACGCUAGAGGAAGUGAACCAGAUGUGGGCGGGGCUAGGUUACUACUCCCGGGGAAAGAGACUACAUGAGGGCGCUCAGAAGGUGGUAUCAGAGUUGAAUGGAGAGAUGCCAAGGACAGUGGAGAGUCUUCUGAAACAACUACCAGGAGUGGGGCGCUACACCGCUGGAGCUAUAGGCUCUAUUGCACUGGGACAGGUAACAGGAGCUGUGGAUGGGAAUGUGGUCCGGGUGCUUUGUCGUAUGAGAGCCAUCGGGGCUGACAGCACGAGUCCCGCUGUGGUCGAGGCGCUAUGGACUCUAGCCAACAGGCUGGUGGAUCCGGGAAGACCGGGGGAUUUCAACCAGGCCAUGAUGGAGCUGGGGGCGCGGGUCUGCACCCCUAAAGCAGCGCUGUGCUGCCAGUGUCCUGUCCAGUCUCACUGCCACUCCUAUCGCAAGGUUCACAUUAAACAAGAGGAGAACGCCAAGAAGCUGUUGGGGAAGUUGGACAGGAUGCCAUCAACAUUGCCUGAUAUUGAAGACUGCACGGGCUCUGGAACGUGCGCCCUGUGCCCCGCGGAGCCCUGGGACGAGGAGCUCGGUGUUCACAAUUUCCCCCGGAAGCCGGCGAAGAAGGCGCCCCGGGUGGAGCGAACGCUGACCUGUGUGGUGGUCAGACCCGGGCAGGGGGGAGAGGAGGAGUACCUGCUCACACAGCGGCCGAACAAAGGGUUACUGGCAGGAAUGUGGGAGUUCCCCAGCCUACUUCUGGAAGAGGAAAAUUCAGUUAUGAAACAGAAGGGGGCGCUGUGUGCUGAGGUCAGCAGGGUGCUUGGAGCUCAGCUGGACAAAAGCUUAUUGCAGCACAUUGGAGAGGUGGUUCACAUCUUCUCCCACAUCCACCAGACGUAUGUGGUGUACGGCGUGAGUCUGAAGGACGGCCGGUCACGGGGCGAGACCGCUCGGUGGCUCAGCGGACCUUCUCUGCAGGAGGCUGCUGUGUCCACGGGCGUGAAAAAGAUUCUGAAGCUUUAUGAUUCUGCAGGAAGUCAAGAGGAACAAACGUCUAAGGACGGGAAACAGAAGAAACCCUCAGGUGUGAAGAAUGAAAAGAAACCACAGAUUUCUAAAAAGGCCAAAGUCAAACGUGCAGCAAAUGACGGGAGCAGCAGGCAGCUCUCCCUCAGCACCUUCUUCAAAACGCUCAAAGAGGAGCACUAGUGGACUCGGCCGUCAAGGAAACGGGUCAAACGGGAAUGUUUUAAUCCAGAAUGGUCAGUUUACGGUGCCUUAUGUGCCUUCAUGUCAAAGCAUAACCCAACAUCGUCACCUCAGUCAACUUGUGAUGCUGCGGUCAACACCGUAACUCAGUUUGAUACAAAACACCAUCCAAACAUGUAACUGUGGAAAGUUUGAAUAGGGGACCACUGUGAAUCAAUGGAAUAGCCACGUGUUUUCAUUUUUUUAUCAAGGUUUUCAAGUUUCAAACGGCUAACUUAAUCAUGCAGGCCUAUGUGAAUGGCAUUUUAACUUGCUUCACAAUUGUUUCUGAUCGUAAUAAAGGAUGUAAAAA